AUGAAUAAACUCUCCCGGCUACUUACCGGUGGCCUGUCCACGCCGCCGUCGCCACCGCCGACACCAAUGCGGUCGCCGUCUCCAAUGCGGUCGCCGGUGCGGUCUCCGCGGUCGCCGCGACACUACCGCCACGUCCGCUCCAAGGUGAGCCGAUUCACGACAGGGCAGCGGCUCCUGUGGCUGUUCCUAUCGAUCCUGCUCCGCCGCCAGGGCAUUUUCCUCUUCGCUCCUCUCGUCUACAUUUCUUGCAUGCUCCUCUACAUGGGAACCGUCGCCUUCGACAUUGUUCCGAUAAUCAGCCACCGCUCCGCCCCUGGCUCCGUCUACCGUAGUCCGGAGCUUUAUGCCAAGCUCCGGCCUGAUAUUGAAAAUGAUGAUUCUUCUACUGAUGCGAUAUCAACAAUAUGGAAAAUCCCGUAUGAAGGUGGUGAGUGGAAACCAUGCAUAAAGAGAUCUUCACAAGCCCUUCCCGAGUCUAAUGGAUACAUAUACGUAGAGGCUAAUGGAGGCUUAAAUCAACAAAGGACAUCAAUAUGCAAUGCGGUUGCCGUGGCUGGCUAUCUGAAUGCCACUUUAUUGAUCCCCAAUUUUCGUUAUCAUAGCAUAUGGAAAGAUCCUAGCAAGUUCAAGGACAUUUUUGAUCAGGACUAUUUUAUCAACACCUUGAAAAAUGAUGUAUGGGUGGUUGAAGAUGUUCCUGAGUAUCUAAUGGAAAGAUUUGGCGACGACAUGGCAAAUGUUUACAAUUUUAGGAUCAAGGCAUGGUCAUCUAUUGCAUAUUACAAAGAUGUGGUCCUACCAAAGUUACUUGAAGAGAAGGUUAUAAGGAUUUCUCCUUUUGCAAAUAGAUUGUCUUUUGACGCUCCUCCAGCUGUGCAGCGUCUUAGAUGCUUAGCAAAUUAUGAGGCUUUACGAUUCGCAAGUCCUAUAUUGACCUUGGGUGAAUCUUUGGUUGCAAGAAUGAGGAAACAUAGUGCAAUAAAUGGCGGAAAGUAUGUGUCUGUACAUCUGCGUUUUGAAGAGGAUAUGGUUGCCUUCUCUUGUUGUACUUUUGAUGGCGGAGAACAUGAGAAAGAAGAAAUGAUUGCAGCACGGGAAAGAGGUUGGAGAGGAAAAUUCACAAGACCUGGGCGAGUUAUACGCCCUGGGGUAAUCAGGAUCAACGGGAAGUGUCCCCUCACUCCAUUAGAGGUUGGCCUCAUGUUGAGAGGAAUGGGUUUUGCAAAGAACACAUCUAUCUAUUUGGCUUCUGGAAAAAUACAUAAUGCAAAGAAAACAAUGGUCCCAUUAUUAGAAAUGUUUCCUAAUUUGCAUACAAAGGAGACCUUGGCAUCUAAAGAGGAACUAGCUCCAUUCAAGAAUUACUCUUCCAGGAUGGCUGCCAUAGACUAUACCGUUUGUCUUCAUAGUGAGGUGUUCGUGACAACACAGGGUGGCAACUUCCCCCAUUUUCUUUUUGGCCACAGAAGAUACUUAUAUGGAGGACACGCUAAGACAAUUAAGCCUGAUAAGCGGAAAUUAGCAUUACUAUUCGAUGGUCCCAGUAUUGGAUGGAAAACUCUGAAAGAAGAACUGCUGAGCAUGAGGUCACACAGUGAUGAAAAAGGAAUUGAGCUGAAAAAACCAAAUGAAUCAAUAUAUAGCUUUCCAUGCCCGGAUUGUAUGUGCCGCUUAAACAGAACCAAUGAUUCAAGAAGUUCAGCAAAGUAGUCCCCUCAGUAUUUGACAAAACUUUACUGCAUAUGGUUUGUGAGCAUGCCUCGCCACUUGCUAACUGCCUACUAGUUUUUUGUUAGUUCAAUGCUUUUUAAAUUUUUUUCCCUUCUGAUGAGAGGGCAUAACCCCAAUUUUCGGAGGUUUACACGAUUUUGCUCAAGGCCAUAGAUCUGAAUUAUAUAUCUAUGGGGAUUGGAUCAAGGGAGUCACAUCCUUGCUUUUUGUACAUGAUGCUGAUUGAGAAUUGAGGACAAAAUUGUUUUAGGUGCAGGAUUCUACUCCAGAACAUUGACUGAACCCUGGCCAUGUACAUUAGCUGGAGAGAAUGAUCUGUGUUAAGUCUGGAGCAACAGAUUUUUCUGUUUACAUCUAACAAA